UCCACCAAUAAUUGAUGUUAUCUGGAUUUAUCCUGUAAAUGUUUUUUUAUUUUUAUUUUUUAAUAAUUAAUGUUAUUUGUUGGGCUUUUAUUAUUUAUUAUUUAUUUUUUAAUUCCAAUCUAAAUUGCUAUGUUAAGAGGUAUAAAAGGCGCUAAAUAUUUUUUCGGCUUUAUUGAUUUCCCGCCGUUUUUGGCAAUCCACAUUUCCAAGCACGUUUAGAUGCAUACAAUCAGGGUAGUGGAGAAAAGAUAUAUUCCGUACAAUCAAGCUAGGGUUUGUUUUCUUUUCCUCAUGCCACCGGGAACAAGAAGAAACCCUCUAUUUUUCAGGUCGAAUGGCCAUUACAACACAAACUAUAAUUCUUAUGAUGAUGACGAAGAAGAGCAGGACAAAAGCCACCACAGAGAAUAUGAUACUUACGACGAAGACGACGACGAUGAAGAAGAAGAGGAACAACCCAGCUUUGAUUUCAGUGGAGAUGAGAAACCCCGUGGUUCAGACGGAGACGAGUCAACCGAUUGCGACGAAGAAAGCUUAUUGCUGCCGCGUUCGCUUCCGCAGCCACCACCACCGUCUCUGCCGCCAGACAAAACCAGUGCCUCGCCAUCGAAACAGCAACGCGGAGAAACCCCAGAUCGAAUCGGGUCAUUGCCGGACAAACUACUCCUUCACAUUCUCUCUUUUUUGCCCAUGAAGGACGUCGUCAAAACAGGGGUUUUAUCGAAAAGAUGGGUAUACCUCUGGACUUCUGUUGAAAACAUCUUAUUCAGUUUUCGUGACUUACCAAAUGAUUCCAAUUAUUUCAGUAAUCGUAUCUCACCAUACGAGAAGGGUCUCCAAAAAUUCAUCUCAUUUGUUGAUAAAACCCUAAUUCUCUGCACAUCAUCUACUGUCAGAAAGUUUUGUCUGGAUUUUGGGUAUGACCGUCGUUUUGUUCCAACUGUUAAUGUGUGGGUUCGAUUCGCUAUGCAGAAGAAUGUGGAGGAGUUGGAGCUGACUUUGUAUAAUCGAUGCCCGGGUAAUCGAUAUAAGUUGCCACAGUAUGUCUAUACCAAUUCAGCAUUAGCAAAAUUGAGCUUGUCCAAGUGCAAGAUCAUUUCAUACAAGGCUGUUCAAUGGAGUUCCCUUAGGGCUUUGACAAUUAAGUGUACCGAGGUUUCGAAUUAUGCUAUUGGAAAGAUACUAUCAGGCAGUCCUGUAUUGGAGUUUCUGGAAUUGUAUAGAUGUUGGCUUUUUGAUGAUCGCUUGAAUAUCAAUUCUGCAAGUUUGAAGAAAUUGGUGAUAAGGGGCUAUAGGAACCCAUUUCUUGAAGAAGAGAAAGAAGAGUCGGUAAUCUCAGCUCCUAAGGUGUUGUCACUGGAAAUUAUGGGGUAUAUUAUGCGUAAGAAGUUUCGGCUAGAGAAAGUGUCAUCUUUGGUUGAAGCUAAGCUCAAUUUUGAACAAGAUUAUUCCCGUUUGGAUGACUAUCAAGCGAAUAGAGAUAUGUUGACUGGUCUUCUUACGAGCCUUCAGCAUGUUAAGGAUCUUACCUUAGGGUCUUUCUGUAUUCAGGUCCUAUCAACACUAGAGGUGAAAGGUCUGCCAUCUCCUUUGUCAGAGUGCAAACGUUGAACACUAAUCAUGCACAUGAAGAAAUGGGACCUCCCAGGUAUAGCAAGUGUUCUACAAAGUUCACCUGAUCUGGAGACAUUAGUCAUAGACAUGGCCUCACCUUGCUUCUCGAAGAUUAAAUUUUCCCCCGAGUUUCACAAGUCUUAUGAUUUUGAUGGAGAGAGCCAUUGGAAAUCGCAAAAGCGGGAUUUCAAGUGUUUGUUACCGCAUCUGAAGACCAUUAAGAUUGUUGGUUUCACAGGAGAUUCUUGUG